AUACACAAUUAGGAGAGAAGUCGUAAUUAUUCGUAAUUAUAAUGCGUAUAAGAAUGCUCAGUAAGGUUUCCAUGGUAACGUGGCAUUUUCAGCAAUUAAAAGGCAAACAGCUCAUUAACUGCGUUUGUUUGAAGCAAGAGUGUUGUGACUGGUGUUUGAUUUUUAAAUGGACUACAGACCUCUCUAAAUUACGUUCAAUGCAAAUCGCAAUGAGUAUAACAACGACCAGCGAGACCCAGGGGUCACAGUUUAGCGGGAAGUCCGAGGUCUCAGACGACGACGAUUUCGUGCUGAUCAAGAUGAAUGUGCCUCGAAAGUACAAGCUAGCACCAGGAUUCCCGGGGUCCCAAGGAGACUCUUCGCAUACAAAAAGAGCCUUAAAUCGAGAUUUGACGGUUCAUAUUAGUGGCGGUCAUGACAAAGAUAAAAUGGUCGACACGGACGGUGAGUUUGCCACGGUGACAGUCAAUCUGAUCAGUUCUCAACCAAAACUAAUGGAAGACAAGAAAGACGGUGAAGACGAUAAGGAUUACAAGAAUAACGACCAAGAAGAAGACAAAGCAGAAGAUGAAGAGGUUGAAAAAGAACAAGAAGACGAGGAAGGAAAAGAUACCGAAGAAAUAGAAGAUCUAGACGUAGCUGAGGAAUACGAAAACGAGAGCUCAAAAACAAAAGUCGUGAGCGUUCGAAGUGUCGUAGAAGACACAUUAGUUCCAUUGGCAUUACCAAACAUCUUCAUUCCCUGUCCAAAAUGUGCUCUUCAAGUCAAUAUUUGCCAUGUUCGAAGUCACCGAGAUUUUCACGGGGCUUUACACACUUUGAAGUUCGCAAUCAACUACAGACCUCAUUGUCUAAAGACUUUAAUUAAAAGAAGAAAGUUGAUAAUUAAAAGACUGCUCGACUCAAGCGGGAAGGAAUUUGCUGAUAGAAAUCUGCAGAAGAUUAACACAGCUUUUGAGAUUUUAAGAUCCGAGUUGGAAGGAACUGGGAAUGCAUAUCGUGUACUCGAAACAACCCUAGAUCCCAAAAUCAAUAAUUUCCAAGGGAUGGAACUGUCUUGCAGCACAGCCAUUGGAUUGUGUGAAGAAAGCAAUUAUAAUUGGAAAAACAUGGAAGACGCUCACACCUACCAAAAUCACUUCCUUGAGGACAGACCCAGUUGCUUCAUGGGUAUAUAUGAUGGUUACUCUGGCAACACUACAGCUCAAAAGUGUGCAAGGCAUCUACAUGUUUUCCUUCGGGAAAAAUUGAGAGAUAUUUUGAGAGACGAAUUUGUAAGACUGGACUCAUCGAAGGAGAAAGUUGCUUCUGCGUUCAGAGAAGCGUAUUUUGAUUUCCAGAAGAUGCUUGUGAGGACGACCGAAGAUGAAGAGUCCUCGAGAAGUCGAUGGAGCGGUUGCUCUGCUCUGACUUGUGUUUUGACAGAAGACGUGUGCUGCCUCGCAAACGCGGGAAACGUCGGAGCGUUCCUUAUACGUGAUAAAGCAAUGGUCAAAAUACUCACUAGGCAACAUGAUCUCUACAACAAGAAAGAAAGAGAUAGGGUACGAAAAUCUAAGGGGUUCAUCGUGAAGACGGAAAAAUGUGCCCUGAUUAAUGGGGCCCUAGGGACCACAAGAGGACUUGGGAACAUAGGCGAUAUGGAUCUUCACAACUGCGUCAUUAAUGACCCUAAAUUCAGGUCCGUAGAACUGUUAYCAAAUGAUCAAAUUAUUGUGUUGGCUUCGAGUGGACUAUGGAAAAUGUUUUCAUACGAAGAGACUACGAACCUUGUGUUCGGAUUCUUCAGAAAGAUUAAACAAGACUUACGAGAUGUGCUGACUUAUGGAGACAGAAUCGGCCCUUGUCUUACUGAUGAAGGAAGACUUGAUAACGAGCAUGACGAGAUCUACGAGAGGCUCAAAGGUCGUCAUACGUACUAUAAUCAAUUCUUACCUCCCAAGACCGCUAAAAACGGCCGCCAGAGCACUGUUAAUUUUCUCCUUUUUGUUAAUGUCAAUGAGGAGAAGAAAGAUCCUCCUAGAAUACGUAUGUCUUUGAAGAUACCUUGGUGGAAAAAUAAUCUGGGAAAGAGGCGUAUGAGUGACACGUGCCUUAGUUACCAAGGAAGUGGUUCUCAUGGCGACAAGGAUCAAGAAGAGAUGGACGAAAAUCAAGAAAAUAGAUUUGAUGAAAAUGAAGAAUCCGAGAGCACAGCUUCAUCUUACACAACGAAACCCCGGCGUAGACACUCUUUACCUCAUCAAGAAGGAUUGAACAAGCUCCACAAAGUACUAAAGGCUGAUUUUUCACUGACCCRAAAGGACAAGGAGAAGCUAUUGGCCCAGUAUUUGGCCAGGAGAUUGGUAAAAAGCGCUAUACUGGCAGGAUCACUUGAUAAUCUGACGGUGUUUGUGAUUCUUCUUCCCGGGUUCUCUCUCGUUAACGUUCAUACUGUGACUCCACAAUUACUGGAAAAUCUAGAACGACCAUUCGGUAUGGGACAAAUAUGAAGUUUUUUUUUGGCAAUAGACUAGUUUCGAAAUCCAAAUUACCGCUGUGUUUCUUGAUUACAGACUCAUUUGUACAGGGUUAGCCUCGAUUUUGUGUAGAAUAUUCACGUGUUACA